AGACGAGGACAGAGACGAGAAAGGCGAGACACCUUCAUUUGAAACUGGUGAAUCAAGUGAAAACAUCACAACAGACACUUCAAGAUGGCGACCAUUCAAAAUGUGCUGCUGGAUAUCCUGUCAGACCUAAGAGCUGAGGAGUUUGAAAAAUUCAAGCAUAAUUUGCGUUGGAUGAACGACAGUUAUAAAUGGAGUGAACUGGAGACGGCAAGUGCAUCCAAAAUAGUGGAUUUGAUGGUGCAGAAACACACGCACUUGGCUGUGGAGGUGACCAAGAAGAUUUUGGAGAAAAUCCCCAGGAAUGACCUGGUGCAGAAUUUGUCGGAAAACAGAAUCCUCACACUAAAUGAUUUAAAGACUGCCAUAGAUGUGAAGACUAUAAACGAGAAUGGAGCAUCUCCGAUUCAAUCACAGCCCGUUGCUAUUCCUCACCCUCUCAUGGACAUCAGUGCAUCUGACGAUGCAGAGAGCACUAUGCGAGAGACUCCUCCAGAUGAACACAUCAUGCGGUACCAACGAACACUACAGUCGUACCUCGGGAGCAAGUGUAUGAGCAUUCGAGAGGGUUUGGAAGAGAGGCCGAAUGAACAGCAUCUGGAUAAAAUCUUUGUGGAACUGUUCAUCACAGAGGGAGGGGACAUACACAUCAAUGAGCAGCAUGAGAACCAGUGGAAUCACACCCAAAGAAGCAGAGCAGCUGGGACAGAGAAACCAAUCAAUCCCAGUGAAAUUUUCAAAAGGCCCGCUGAAAUACCUAUAAGAACAGUGAUGACGGCUGGAAUUGCAGGAAUUGGAAAAACCAUCCUCGUGAAAAAAUUUGUCCUGGACUGGGCUGAGGGCAGGGAAAAUCAAGAUGUGCAUCUUUUAUUUCCCCUUAGCUUCAGCGACCUGAAUUCACUGAAGGGAAAGAGAUUUACUUUUGCAGAACUGUUACAUGAAAGAAUCUGGGAAACCAGGGCUAUUCCUACGGAAUAUCUUGAAAUGGUUUUUACCAAACUACAGACAUCAGGAUGCCGCGAUUAUAACAAGGCACGAUACAAACUCCUGUUUGUGUUGGAUGGAUUUGAUGAAAGCCACCUCAAACUGGACUUAAACCACAGUAAAGGGAAGUUUGCUGAUUUUGACGUGACACAGUCAACUUCAGUUGAGGUCUUGCUGACCGCCCUUAUCAAGGGGAACUUGCUUCCCGCUGCUCGCGUCUGGAUAACCACACGGCCCGGAGCUGUCAAACAGAUCCAUACAGACUUCCUCCAGAGAAUGACAGAAGUAAGAGGAUUCAACGAUCCACAGAAAGAGGAGUACUUCAAGAAGAAGUUCCCAGAUAGGGAACAAGCUAGCACAAUAAUCUUACACAUUAAGGGCUCACCAAGCCUAUUCAUCAUGUGUCACAUCCCGGUCUUCUGCUGGAUCAUCUCUAUCGUUUUACAGGGCUUUUUGAAGAACAAAUCAAAGAUAGAACUGCCCACAACGUUGACUGAGAUGUACACGGUAUUCUUGAAGUAUCAGAUCACCAACAUAGAACAACGGCAGAACUGUGGCCCAAAAAAGAUCAUUCAGUACAUUGAGUCAUUAGCAAAACUAGCUUUCAACAACUUGGAUAAAGGCAACCAAUUCAAUGAGAAAGAUCUGAAAGACAUUAGCUUUAAUCUCCAUAAAGCCUCACUGGAUACUGGAGUGUUCACGGAGGUCUUUGAAGAGGUACGCUGGAUAUCAGAGAAUAAAGAGAAGAAGUACAGCUUUGUCCAUUUGAGUCUUAUGGAGUAUCUCGCUGCUCUUCAUGUUGUGAUGUCACUCAUCAAUGACAACAAGAACGUACUGUCCGAGCCAAAUUUACUGGAUAGACUGGACAGGCUGCUCAGGCCUUGCAGGAAAAUAUCAAUGACAGAAGUCCACAGCAUUGCUAUUCAAAAAGCCCUACAGAGUCCAAAAGGGGAGCUGGACUUGUUACUCCGUUUCCUUCUAGGUCUUUCCCUGAAGACCAACCAGGAUCUCCUCAAGCCCUUGUUGAAUGUGUCUAAAGGGCCUUCUCAGAUGAUCCACCAAGAGACGGUUGAUUUGAUCCAUAAAAGGAUAGGUGAGAGCACUUCUCCAGAGAGGAGCAUCAAUCUCUUCUACUGUCUUAAGGAGUUGAAAGAAAACUCCCUAGUGGAGGACAUCCAGCACUACCUGAGAUCACAAACUGUUUCCUCGGGCAAUCUCUCACAACUCCACUGGUCAGCGCUGGUCUUCCUCUUCCUGUCAUCGGGAGACAAUUUGGAAGUGUUUGACUUAAAGAAAUACUGCCCUUCAGAGGAGGGACUUCUCAGUCUGAGGCCAGUGAUCCAGGCCUCCAACAAAUCGCUGCUGAGUAGUUGCAAACUGACAGAGAACAUCUGCAAAGCACUGGCUGAAGCUCUCAGCUCCCAGUCCUCCAGAGUGAGAGAGCUUGAUCUGAGUGACAACGAACUGAAGGAUUCAGGGGUGCUGCAUCUCUGUGUUGGACUGGGAAAUCCAAAUUGUUCCCUGGAGAUUCUUCGACUAUCAGGCUGUAUGAUCUCAGAGACGGGGUGUGCUACUCUGGCUUCAACACUCAAGUCCAAACACUCCAACCUGAAAGAGCUGGACCUGAGCUUUAAUCACCCAGGAAACUCAGGAAAGAAACAACUGACAGCUUUACAGAAGGAUCCGCAAAAUAAACUACAAACCCUCAACCUUAACGACUGUGGAGAACAAAGACUGAGGCCUGGCAUUAAGAAAUAUGUUUGCAACCUUUCCCUGGACCAGAACACCGCACACAAAAUACUGAAACUGUCCGACAACUGCACAAAGGUGACAACCAUGAAAGAGAAGCAGCCAUAUAAUCAUCACCCGGAGAGAUUCGACUGCUGGCUCCAGGUGCUCUGUAGCACCGGACUGACAGGUCGCAGUUACUGGGAGGUCAAAUGGAAGGGCAAGGUCUACAUUGGAGUGACAUACAAAGGAAUCAUACGGAAGGGACAGGGCGCCGAUAUCUGUCUCGGAGCGAACGAUCACUCCUGGAUGUUGCUCUGUGAGGGGAAUGGAAGUUACUCUGUCCAGCAUGAAAACAUAAGUGCAUGCGUUCACCCCAAACCGUCUCCUGUGUCUCACAGAGUUGCGGUGUACCUCGACUUUCCGGCUGGAACUCUGUCCUUCUAUAAAGUGAUCUUCGACAAACUCAUCCAUCUGCACACAUUCGAGUCCAAAUUCACUGAGCCUCUUUACCCCGCGCUUGGGUUUGGGUUUGGAUACAAUUACACACAUUUUGGGUCUUCAGUGUCCUUGUGUGAGGUGGACGACAUCAUUUCCUUCUCCGACUGUUGACUGAAGACAAACCCUGGGACACUGGGUUCACCGAGUACACGAUCAAAAAUCAACACCAAAGAGUUUUCAAGCAUUUUGAGAAACUGAACAAUGUAAAAUCGUGUUUAAAACUAAUAAUCGCUUGCUCAGGGAGUUUACGAUUUUGUUUUUAUUGUAUUGUAGUAUAAAUGUAGCCUCAGUGCACUUUUUGAUGAUGACCUGAUGACUUUGUUGUUGUAAAUGCCAUUCCUGUAAUUUUAUUUUGAAAAGAUAUAAACCAGCCUUGCUUAAGUUUGUAUGCUAGCUUACCUCGCUAGGCAUAGUUUGGCUAGCUUCAGCUGCAUUCUUUAGCGAGGGCCUUUGUUUUUCUUUUGCAAAGUAGGGAUUCGUUCAAAUCAAUAUUCAUUGUAGCUUAAUGUUAGCUGCAGCAUGUUCUUCAUGACUCUUGUGUUUCAUUAUUAAAAAUGCAGCUGUUCAGUCACAUCAGUUUAGUUACAGUCUUUUCUUUAGGGAGGCCUUUGUGUGUCAUCAACAAAAUAGGACUAAAUUCAAGUCCUACGUUAAGCUAGCUUAGCGUCUGCAGUCUGUUCUCUAUAGCGUUGAGCAUCUGUUGUUCAGCUGUGUUUUUGUGUUAAACCCUUAGCGCUCACGUGCAGUAAAUUACUGUGGGAAUAAUAUACAACUCCUUAUCCUGGUUGUCUGUGUUUAUAGGUCAGAUAUUCAGGCUUUAAAAAAUGUGUUUUUUUCUUA